CCAAUCAGCUGUCUUUGUUAUUUUUUCGGAGGCGAGGCCGAGGAUGAGCAAAUUAUGACUUUGUUUGGAUUUACGGACCGAGCAUUAGCGACUUUAUCAUGUUGAUUUUUGUCAUUCUUCUUCACUUUGGCCUUAAAGUGUUGAACAUAUCUGCAGCCAUAGCAGAUUCCAUAGGAACUCACAUGUGCACAGACUUCAACCGGGCCACCAAGGCAGCAACGGUGCGAUGGGCUGUGUCCUCCACCAUGCCUGUCAACAUAUCACACUGUGAGUUUGUCUAUGCACAAGAAGGCAGCCAGGAUCCAGCGAAAGUGGCCUAUAAUUUACCAUCUCACGGUAGCCGGGAGAUCAGUCUACAGAGUCAAGGAGUAUGGACCAUCACAACAACAUGUACCUUGUCAUCUUCCUCCAGUUACCAGUCUCCAGAAAUAAGAUUAGAUACAGGCAGUACGAAUUCAACCCACAUUUGUUCUGAUAGUGGUUUAGGCAGUAUGUUUCCUGGUCAAAAAGAUAUAGACUUGUGUAUUUGGAGACCUGAGCUGAUUUUAGAUUAUGCAUCUGUUAGGUGGCAGCCUACAUUCCAAUAUUCUUCCACCAAUUGUGUCCUUCACCAAGAGGUCAAAGGUCAAGUUACGGAGAAGGCAAAUCUUCCUUCUGAUGAUCUAUUGAGUAUUGUCUUUGAUGGGGAUGAUCUCUCUGCGUGGGUGACGUGUGAUACCCCACAAGGCCAGCCAGUCAGCUCGGGGAAAGCACAUUACAUGCAAGGUGAUACAAAUGCAUGCUCCAUGGAGACCUCUUCCAGAACGCCAUCAGUCCCAGCUAUAUCGGAUGGCGACCCUACAAUCAACACACCAUCACAUAAUAGGAUAGGCAUCACAAACGUAACAAUGGGCUUAAUACUAGCUGGUUCCAUCUUCAUAGCAGCCGUUAUCAUCGGUAUAGGAUUCAUCAGGUGGUUCAGGUGGCAAAGAAGAAGAAGGAGAGAAAGACUUCUUCAUCAUGGUGAAGCAGCAUCUGACCAAAGUGCAAUGGAGGAAUUCCAACAGAUGAUGUGAGAAUAUAGAGUUUUAUAAUUUAGUAUACGAAAAAGGGACUUCAAGAUGGGCAGGUCAUCAAAGUUGACCUGUACAGACUUCACAUCCACAAGCCAGAGAUGAGAAAUGUAUUUUGCAUAAUUGUAUCCAUUGUCCUCCAUCUUAUAUGCUGUAUUCCUCAUU